AUGUAUCGUUAUUUGAUUAUUUUGGCUUCAAUAAUAUGUCAAAUUACUUGUGAUUGUCUUUAUCCUGAAUGGAAGAAAACUUGUCAAAACUAUUGUAUGGAUAAUCAAUUAUAUGAAAUUCAACUUAAUCAAUGUUAUAGUAUGAAUCCAAAUCAAUUAACAUGUAAAUGUAGUGGAAAAGAUUUAACUGAAAAAAUUAAAAAUAUGAUUGAGAAUAAUGAUUCUAAAUUAUCUUCAUUAAUCCCAAGUUCUACAAUUCUUAGCACUAUUCAUGGCAAUGAAAUAUGUAUCCCUUCUUAUUCUUGUACGAUUGGAAAAAUCAUUUGUCAUGGUAUCGAUGCAUAUUGUUCUUGUGAUAAUGGUUCUACUGUUGAAGGUUUAGGAGGUAAUUCACAUAGUCUAAGUACAUGA